GCGCCCAUCUUCUGGCCAGGCGUGGUGCAGGGCCCGCCCUGGAGGGACGCCCGCAUCGGCUGCGCGCCGCAUCAAGGCUCGAUCCUGCUGGACAAGGACGGCAAGAGGAAGCACACGCGGCCCACCUUCUCCGGGCAGCAGAUUUUCGCUCUGGAGAAGACUUUCGAGCAGACCAAGUACCUGGCGGGCCCCGAGCGGGCGCGGCUCGCCUACUCGCUGGGCAUGACCGAGAGCCAGGUGAAGGUGUGGUUCCAGAACCGGCGGACCAAGUGGCGGAAGAAACACGCGGCCGAGAUGGCGACGGCCAAGAAGAAGCAGGACUCGGAGACGGAGCGGCUGAAGGGCGCCUCGGACAACGAGGACGACGACGACGACUACAACAAACCCCUCGACCCCAACUCGGACGACGAGAAGAUCGCGCAGCUGCUCAAGAAACACAAACCGGGCGCCGGGGGGCUGCUGCCGCACCCCGCCGAGGGCGAGGCCUCCGCGUAGCCCCGCGCACAUGUACAGAU